GUACACCUCGCUGUGUGUUUUAAGAGAUAAAUAAAUAUUGCUCUCUACGUGUUACACUUGCAUAGUAGUAUUUCCCAGUAGCCCUGUCGUUAUGCUUUUCAUCCUAUCCUGGCAUGCCGUACCCUGGACUGCAAAAAGGAUCUCGUAACCUGGCAGGAACCAGGAACGAUUCAAUGGAGGAUAUAGAUCUUCUUCACGAUGCGCGUGGCCGUCCAGUUCCUGAGGACACUUUCGAAGACGAUUUCGUAUCCACUCAUCGUCGUUUCAAGGAACGUGCCGCAGCAGCCUUCGAGGACGAUCUGGCUGAGCUACGCCGCAAACGGAGAGAUAUGCAGGACAGGAUGUUCGACAUGAUAGACAUAAACGCUGAGAUAGAAAGGGCCAAGAAUACCUUGGAGGCAGCCGGCACUGCCUUCCAGAGACACGCGACGAAAUUCGACAACGAUGAAGACCUGAACGACCUCCCAUUGUCGCAAAAAAUAGAAAGGAGCCGAAAGCUCGCCGUCCUGGAUCCAAUAGAGAAGCCCAAGCCUAAGAUGCCUUCGAUUAAAUGGACCAAAAUGCAAGAACAGGACGAGGGUGAUUCUGAAAAGUUUAUGAGGGCUCGACAGGCCAGGAUCAAUUCCCUGAUAGCUGACAAUGUCCUUACCGAAACUCCAGGAGAGAAUCAGCCAAAGAGAAGGUCUUCCUUCCUUAAGAGAAAGAAGAGCGUGUCCUUCUAAAGGAUCACGAGCUCUUCCAGGAUAAAGAAUAUCACCCUACUGUAUGAAAAAUCUAAAGGAUAUUCCACGGCUUUGCGCUCCUGUCAAAAAACGUUGCUCUCUCUCUGCCGCGCGAUGUCAGUCUGUAAAUGUAAAUAUUAUCAGCAGGCCGAAUAAAGAAUCAGAGUAGUAAGGCAAGGCAAAGUUCGCAA